AUGCGUUCUUCCACCUUCCUUGCAAUGGUCACUGUUGUGGCUACUCCUGUUCUCGUCGGCGCUGUCCCCACUCCGGCCGAUGGCUCUGAGGCUCUGAGCUUCGGUGACGGCUUGAAAAUUGGCAAGGAUGUCUUAGGCAAUUUCCAGAGUGGCAACAACAACAAGAACCAGCAGCACUCCCGUGACUACGAGGAGCUUCUGGCCCGCGAUUUCGACGACAUUAUGGCGCGUGCUGAGCCUGCUCCCACUCACGCCGUGCAUGAGCAUGUUCACCAGCAUGCCCACAAACACCAUGCCCAUAAGCACCAGGAGAACCUCAAGCAUCACUACGAUCAGAAGGACGUUCCCGGGCAUGCGCACCAAGCUGAGCACACUGCGGAGCACUUUGUCACGCACCCUACUUCCGAGCACGCUGUCGUUUCCCCUGCGCACCUCGUGCGCGAGCCUUCUCCGUACAGGCUAGCGAGCAGCCACGCAGGCGUCAGGCCUCGGGAUAUUGAAGAGCGCGAACCUUCUCCGUACAGGCCAGCGAGCAGCCACGCGGGCGUCAGGCCUCGGGAUAUUGAAAAGCGCGAGCCUUCCCCGUACAGGCCAGCGAGCAGCCACGCGGGCGUCAGGCCUCGGAAUAUUGAAGAGCGCGAGCCUUCCCCGUACAGGCCAGCGAGCAGCCACGCGGGCGUCAGGCCUCGGAAUAUUGAAGAGCGCGAGCCUUCCCCGUACAGGCCAGCGAGCAGCCACGCGGGCGUCAGGCCUCGGAAUAUUGAAGAGCGCGAGCCUUCUCCGUACAGGCCAGCGAGCAGCCACGCGGCCGUCAGGCCUCGGAAUAUUGAAGAGCGCGAGCCUUCCCCGUACAGGUCAGCGAGCAGCCAUGCGGGCGUCAGGCCUCGGAAUAUCGAAGAGCGCGAGCUCAAGGAUCGCGACUGGUACAAUGACAUCUUCGCUCGCAGCACGAACCUUGAUGAGCUGGACUGA